GCAUCCAAACACAUAAAGAGACGUGAAUGCCCCGUGUUAAUGGCACAUUCUUUUUGUUUUGGUGGGAAAUGGAGAGGGGGUAGUUGGUGAUGGAGGCGGCGGGAACCUUGCGAAGAGGGUAGCCUCCGCUCCUCCCCCUCCCAAAGGAGAGAAAUAAUGGGAAGGUUUCAGAGCGCCUCUUUUUCCUCUGGCUGUUGGGUUGCUAUAGGGAGGAGCCUGAGGUUGGUCCAGCCCCGUCGAUCGCGAGAGCUAAAAGAACCCGGGCGGGCCCCACAGUCGCUUUUCGCAGUGCCCGUUUUGUCUGCACCAUGAAGCGACCGAGAUUCAUCUUUCCAAGCGCUGCGAUUGUCGCCGCGAUGCUGAGCACCCUGGUAAUGGGCGCAGCUGCGGCCAGUGACGGAGAGCAAGAGGCUGUAGAUCCUGGCAAACUCCUAGUUUUAACAGCUGCCACAGAGGAGACUGAAGGAUACCAACGCUUUCUUCGGACCGCCAAGUACUUUAACUACACUAUCAAGACUCUUGGCCUUGGUGAGAACUGGAAGGGAGGGGAUGUUGCCCGGACGGUUGGUGGAGGCCAGAAGGUCCGUUGGCUGAAAGCCGAAAUGAAGACACAUGCAAAUGAGGAGGACCUGAUUGUCAUGUUUGUAGACAGCUAUGAUGUGAUCCUAGCAGGGAGCCCCAUCGAACUUCUCUGGAAGUUCAUGCAGUUCAAGAGCAACCUGGUCUUCUCAGCAGAAAGCUUCUGCUGGCCGGAGUGGUCGCUGGCUGAGAAGUACCCACAGGUGUCUGUGGGGAAGCGGUUCCUGAACUCUGGAGGAUUCAUUGGCUAUGCCCCCACCAUCAAUCGCAUCGUCCAGCUAUGGAAGUAUAAAGAUGAUGACGACGACCAACUCUUCUAUACUCGCAUUUACUUGGAUCCGGCCUUGCGGGAGAAACAUAGGAUUACUCUGGACCACAAGUCAAAAAUCUUCCAGAACCUGAAUGGCGCCAUCGAUGAGGUAGUUUUGAAAUUUGAACGGACCCGAGUGCGCGCCCGAAACGUCGCUUACGACACCCUUCCUGUUGUCAUCCAUGGCAAUGGGCCCACCAAGCUACAGCUGAACUAUCUGGGGAAUUACAUCCCCAAUGUUUGGACUUACGAAGGGGGCUGCGAGAUGUGUGAUGAAGACCUCCUAGAUCUGUCAGGCCUGCAGGAAGAGUCAUAUCCGCACGUAAUCCUUGGCGUGUUCAUCGAGCAGCCCACUCCAUUUCUACCUCAGUUUCUGCAACGUCUCCUGACCUUUGAUUAUCCUUACUCUCAUCUCCGCCUCUUCAUCCACAACCAUGAGGUGUAUCACGAGAAGCACGUCCAGGCUGAGUGGGAGCAACUUCGGGGGGCCUUCGAGAGCAUCAGUCUGGUGGGGCCAGAGGAGGAGCUGAGCGAGGGGGAGGCGAGAGAUAUGGCCAUGGAUCUCUGCCGGCAGGACCCCACUUGCGAUUACUACUUUAGCCUGGAUGCUGAUGUGGUUGUGGCAAACCCUGAGAUCUUGCAGAUACUUAUUCAGGAGAACAAGAAAGUCAUUGCUCCGAUGGUGUCCCGGCAUGGCAAGCUUUGGUCCAACUUUUGGGGUGCCCUGAGCCCUGACGAAUAUUACGCACGCUCAGAGGACUACGUGGAGCUGGUGCAGGGCAAGAGAAUCGGGGUGUGGAACGUCCCUUACAUCUCUCAGGCCUAUCUGCUGCGAGGGGAGACAUUACGCCACAAGCUGCCCCAGCGCAACAUCUUCACCUUGGACGACACAGACCCAGAUAUGGCCUUUUGCAAGAGUGUGCGGGAAAAGGGCAUCUUUCUUCACAUCAGUAACCGGGACGAGUUUGGGCGCCUCCUUUCUACUGGCAGAUACAACAUAUCCCACCUACAUCCUGACCUCUGGCAGAUCUCUGAGAAUCCCCUAGACUGGCAGGACAAAUAUAUCCAUGAGAAUUACUCUCAGGUGCUGGAAGGGGAACAUUACGAGCAGCCGUGCCCUGAUGUUUACUGGUUCCCAGUGUUCACUGACCAGAUGUGCGACGAGCUGAUAGAAGAAGUGGAACGCUUUGGCCAAUGGUCUGGAGGAAGGCAUGAGGAUAGGCGGCUGGCUGGGGGCUAUGAGAACGUCCCUACUGUUGAUAUCCACAUGAACCAAAUUGGUUUCGAGAAGGAAUGGCUCCAUUUCCUGCAGGAGUACAUUGCACCUGUCACGGAGAAGCUCUAUCCUGGCUACCAUACCAAGGCACGAGCGAUCAUGAACUUCAUGGUCCGGUAUCGUCCGGAUGAGCAACCUUCACUCCGGCCGCAUCAUGAUUCCUCCACUUUCACCAUCAACGUUGCACUCAACCACAAAGGGAUUGACUAUGAGGGAGGUGGCUGCCGCUUCAUCCGCUACAACUGCAAAGUGGAAUCCCCCCGCAAGGGCUGGACCUUGCUGCACCCCGGCCGCCUCACCCAUUACCACGAAGGAUUGCCCACCACCCGUGGGACCCGCUAUAUCAUGGUCUCCUUUGUGGACCCCUAACACCAGCUCCACCUCCACCCCUGGUCCUGGGGCAGUGAGUGGGCCACAGUGGUCAACACACUGAAAGACAGAGACUUGGUGGAGGGCAGAUGGGAGUCUUCCUCUCUUGCUCCACUGCCACUUGGUGCCUUCAACAAUGGAGGAAGAUGGAUGACUGUACAUCAGCUGCAGAUGGCCACAGCCCUUGCCUAGCACUGAACAUUUGGCCACCACUAGCGCCAGGAGGAACCGCUACUGCCUUGCAGUGUACCACCAACCUUCCCUCCACAUAAUAUGUGGGUCACAACCGGACUGUCGGUUGUUUGCACCUGUCUCUGGCAAAAAGUCACUCAAUCAGGAUGUGUUAUCCGUGGCCCAGCCAGCAUAGGACACGAUUGUUUUAGCAUUAGCACAAUCAUUCUUUAAACAUUUUUAAAGACUUUUGCUCAAAUCAAAACACCACUGAACUUUUCCUACGUAUAUAUUGGAUGACUUGUGCCCCAGGCCUUCACUCUGCCCCCACCUUGCCUUUUUUUUUUUUUUGAACCAGUGUUUGAGCUAGGAGUGUUUUUGUUAUACCCAUGUUUAUAUCACUACCUUUUGCACAAGAACAAGGGUGCUUCUGAGCAACUGCAGAAUAUUUUCCCCCUAUCAUUCCCAGCCUCACACAGUUGGGGAUUUAAGAAGGUGGUGAUUCAGGGCCCCAUCUGCACUGUGCACUUAAAGCAGUGUUAUUCCACUGUAGUUACGGCUUCCCCUAAAGCAUCCUAGGAACUGUAAUUUGUUAAGGGUGCUGAAAGUUGUUAGGAGACCCCGAUUUCACUCACAGAGGUACAAUUCCCGGAGUUUCCUUGCAAGAGGGGAUUGAUUGUUAAACCACUCUGAAAAUUGUAGGUCUGUGAGGGAAAAAGGGGCCUCCUGACAGCUCUCAGGACCCUUAACAAACCACAGUUCCUAGGAUGCUUUGGGAGAAAGCCAUGACUGUUUAAAGUGGUAUAAUAUUGUUUUAAAUGUAUGGUGCAGCAAGAGACAAAAAGUAAGUGGGGGCCAGCGGGGGGGGGUGAAGGAAAAAACUCUCAUGCAACAGGCACAGGGUGAAAUCAGUAGGAAGUAAGUUAAUGCUAACGCCCACCGUUUUCAACCCUCACAAGAAAAGGGGACUUGUCUGUAUACAUUUCACACUGAUGAACAAUGGGGGCUCAAGAUGGAGGCAGAACAGCAUUUGACCAAUCGCAAGAGAAGAAACCUUGCUCGGGGCCUGUCUCCCCUAACAGCUGUCUACGCCUCAGCGAAGGUGUCCUCCAUUGUACACUCUAUUUUUAAAGCAUUUUAAACACUGUGAUCAAGGAAGCAACUACACACACCCCUCUCUCUCAGUCCUUGGGGCAGUCCACUGGUUGUAAUGAUUAUCCUGCUUAAGGUGUGACUAAUGGCGUUUCAGUAGUAUGUGGAGAUUUUUUAAAAAAAACAAAACAGCUCUGCAUGCCUACCCUGGAAUUCCCACCCACACACCUGAGGUGAGCAGGAAAGGCCUGACAAGUGCUUAUGAGAAGGGGGACUUGCGUAAUCUCCCAUAAUCCUGUGGGCUUGUGGCCUGGCUGGUGGGGUGGACAUAUGUCAGCUGCUUCCUGUACAAAAUGUGCAUUAACUUAUUGGCAUCGUUCCACAGCACACCAAAUAAAUCUACAUUUUAUAUGAGA